GUAUUCAUUUAGGUGCAUCUGCAUCUAAUACAAAACACAGUAAUCAUAAUUCAAUAUUCAUCCAAGUUAUACACUUGUCUCGUACUAAGUACUUGUACAGGUUGUACUUGUACAGUUGACAGCUGUACACUAGUACAUUAAUAAUAUUUUUUGCAAAACUACCCUUAAUUGUAGUAUUAAAUAUUUAAUUCGAUUAAGUUACUCAAAAAUUGCUGAUCACUAUGGAUUUAAUUCAAGCUAUAAAAUUAUACAUAAUAAAGAUGACUGAAGACUGUGGUCCUGGAAUGAAAGUACUACUUAUGGACAAAGCAACUACAAGUAUUGUGAGCGCAGUUUUUAGUCAGUCAGAAAUACUUCAGAGAGAAGUAUAUUUAUUUGAGCAACUAACAUCAACUAGUAGUUCAGACAGCAUGUAUCAUAUGAAAUGUAUCACAUUCUUACGGCCAACUAGUGAAAAUAUAUCUUUGUUAUGCAAAGAGUUACGUAAUCCUAGAUAUGGCUAUUACUAUAUAUAUUUUAGUAAUAUAAUUUCUAAAACUGAUAUCAAGACAAUUGCUGAAAGUGAUAUCCAAGAAGUUGUACGAGAAGUGCAAGAAUAUUAUGCUGAUUACUUAGCAGUAGCACCUCAUCUAUUUUCACUUAAUAUUCCAUCUUGUGGACAAUGUCUGUCUUGGGAUCCACUUCAGCUAACAAGAUGUACUCAAGGAAUUAUUUCCGUUUUAUUAUCAUUGAAAAAAAAUCCACUAAUACGAUUCCAAGCUUCUUCAAAAAUGAGUAAACAACUUGCUGAAAAAGUCAAAGUAAUAUUUUCAAAAGAAGAAAAUCUUUUCAAUUUAAAACAAGGCGACAUACAACCACAAUUAUUAAUAUUAGACCGAAGAGAGGAUCCAGUUACUCCGCUAUUAAUGCCGUGGUCUUACCAAGCUAUGGUUCAUGAAUUGCUUACUAUAAAUAAUAAUCAAGUGGAUUUAAGUCAUAUUGAAGACAUUAAACCAGAUCUAAAAAAAGUAUUAUUGUGUGCUGAGCAAGAUGAUUUAUACAAACAAAAUAUUUAUAAAAAUUUUGGUGAAAUCGGUGAGAUAAUGAAAUCUUUAAUUGAUGAUUUUAAGUCAAAAGCAAAAAAUCAUCAAAAACUUGAUACUAUAUCAGAUAUGAAAGCUUUUGUUGAAAAUUAUCCACAAUUUAAGAAAAUGUCCGGUACAGUUGCUAAACAUGUAAUAAUUAUGGAACAACUAUCAAAUUAUGUCACAAAAAAAAAUCUCUUAGAAGUAUCUGAAUUGCAGCAACAAAUUGCUUGUGAUAUUCAAUCUUCUCAACAUACUCAGAAAAUUAAAGAGCUUAUUGAAAAAGGUAUUCCAGACGAAGAGGCGAGUAAACUUGUUAUGUUAUAUGCUUUAAAAUCUUUCAGCAAAGAUAGUAAUAGAGAAUUAACUAGUUUAAUACAAAUAUUAAAAUCAAAAAAAGUUGCUGAACAUUGGAUAGAGCUUGUACAUGAUGUUAUGAAAUACCAAAGUAAAAUAAUUUUAGAUAAUGAAAAUACAUUAAAAAAUGCAAAACAAAUAACAAAACGAUUCUAUAAGGACUUGAAGGGCGUUGACAAUAUAUUUACUCAACAUGUUCCACUGAUGAAGGAAUUAGUUGAAGAUUUAAUAAAAUCAAGAUUAAAAGAAGAGCAAUACCCAUUCUUAAGUGAUAUAAAUCAACCAACAAAAAGGGUGCAAGAUAUAAUUGUUUUUGUAAUUGGUGGUGUUACAUAUGAAGAAUCAAUGGCAAUAUACAAUAUGAACAUAUCUAACCCACAGGUUAGGAUUAUAUUGGGUGGUAGUACGGUACAUAAUUCCUCCAGUUUUUUAAAUGAAGUAAAAUUGGCUACAUUCGGAGUGAUAAAAAGCAGAGGUGGAUCUCGAAAGUUAUAAACCAUUCUCUAAGUAACUAUACAAUAAUACUCUAUAUAUAUAUAUAUAUAUAUAUAUUAUUAUUUUUUAUACUCUUAUUACAAUGUUUUUGUGUUUUAAUGUUUUAUUUAUAUUAUUAUGUGCAAUGUAUUAUAACCUGUGUUAAUUUAUUUUUUAUAUGAUUAUUAUUUAUUUAUUAAGCAUUUAUUAGAAUUUAUAUAGUUGCUAUUCCUUAUUAUUACCAAUAAUAUAUUAAUUUAAAAUAAAUAAGUAUAUAUUUAAAUAUAUUUGUUAUUAACAGCACACAUUUAAUUUAUUAAGAAUAAAUGGGCUGAGUCAUUACAAUUACACUACAAUCACUACAUAGUACAUAAGCAUUUAUAAUUAACUAAUAGAUUAUUUAUAAUAAGAUAGUACCAUAGACAUAUAAAACAACUAGAUACCAGACUGCGUAUUACAUUCCCUUAGGAAAGUUGAAGUCGUGCAGCCAUAUGCCAACAAGGCAAUGUUUACAAAAUAACGAAUUUAUUUUCAUAGUAUAAAAUUUUGUAAACAUUGCCCUGUAGAAUAUGGUCGCUGAUUUCAAUUUUAUCGUGCAGUCCACUAUCUAGUUGUUCUAUAUGUCUAUGGACAGUACCUACUUUAAACUAGCAAUAUAUCAUUUACGCAUCACUAUUGAUAAUGUUGACCUUUUUUAUAAGACAGGUGCACAUCAUUUAAUUUUUUGAUCUUGCAUAAUGUGUGCUUCACUUGUUUACUCUACAUUAAUUAUUGUACAUUAUUUGAACAUUAGCAUAUUAUUUAACAUUACAACUGGGUGAGAUUAGGAGAACCCAAAAGUAUGAGUUGCUUACCCUAUUAUUAACAGUAACCUAAAUAAUUUUUAUUUAUAAUAAUUUAAUAUUAAUUCCAACUUUAAUAUAUGCUAUCACUAUGUGCAUCACUCAACUUCCUCUAAUAGAUAUUUUUUUAGUAAUAUCAAUUUUUUUUUUACUGCUUUACAAUGGUAAAACCUUCAAAUAACAACACAUAUUUUAAUCUCAAUUUAAAAAUAACCUCAAAAGAAAAAAUACUUACAUUAUUAUAACAAUAACACACUUCUUUCAAAGCCAAAUUUUGUAUUUAUGUAUGUAUGCAUUUAUUUUUUUUAAUUUAUUUAAAAAUGUAUUAUUAAAUAAUUGAAACAUUAAAUAUUAUAAUUGAAUGUAA